CUGCCUCUCUCUCUCUCAUCAAUGCCCUUUAUCGGGUCAUUUCUUUUCUCCGUUCCGUAUCUUUCUAUCAAAUCUCGUCCCUCUUCUCUCUACAAACUACUCCACCCUUUUCUAGGGUUUCGUUAAUCGGGUUAGUGUUUCGAUCAGGAUUUUGAUCCGGGCGUGGGAAGAUGACGACUAUGAACGAACGUAAGACGAUUGAUUUGGAGCAAGGAUGGGAAUUCAUGCAGAAGGGUAUUACAAAACUGAAGAACAUUCUAGAAGGCCUCCCCGAGCCGCAAUUCUGCUCUAAUGAUCAUAUUUCGCUGUAUACAACUAUCUACAAUAUGUGUACUCAGAAACCCCCUCACGACUAUUCGCAGCAGCUGUACGACAAAUAUCGGGAAUCUUUUGAAGAGUACAUUAUUUCGACGGUAUUGCCAUCUUUAAGGGAGAAGCACGAUGAAUUUAUGCUAAGAGAACUUGUGAAAAGGUGGGCGAAUCAUAAAGUUAUGGUCAGAUGGCUUUCACGCUUCUUUUUUUAUCUUGACCGUUACUUCAUUGCUCGGAGGUCACUUCCUGCACUGAAUGAAGUUGGUCUCACAUGCUUCCGGGAUCUGGUCUACAAGGAGAUUAACGUAAAAGUUAGAGAUGCUGUUAUCUCUUUGAUUGAUCAAGAACGUGAGGGGGAGCAAAUUGAUCGGGCCUUGUUAAAAAAUGUCCUAGAUAUUUUUGUUGAAAUUGGGAUGGGUAGUAUGCAGUACUAUGAAAAUGACUUUGAAGCAACCAUGCUUAAAGAUACCGCUGCUUAUUAUUCUCGGAAGGCUUCAUACUGGAUUUUGGAGGAUUCCUGUCCAGAUUACAUGUUAAAGGCCGAGGAAUGCUUAAAACGGGAGAAGGAUAGGGUUUCUCAUUACUUGCAUUCCAGUAGUGAGCAGAAGUUAUUGGAGAAAGUGCAACAUGAGUUACUGUUUGUAUAUGCAAGCCAACUGCUUGAAAAAGAACAUUCUGGAUGUCAUGCCUUGCUUAGAGAUGACAAGGUGGAUGACCUCUCAAGGAUGUAUAGGCUCUUUUGCAGAAUACCUCGAGGUCUAGAUCCCGUUUCUCAAAUAUUUAAACGGCACGUUACUGCCGAAGGUACAGCCCUGGUCAAACAAGCAGAAGAUGCAGCAAGCAACAAGAAGGCUGAGAAAAAGGAUAUCGUUGGCUUGCAAGAACAGGUUUUUGUUAGGAAAGUUAUUGAGCUGCAUGACAAGUACUUGGUGUAUGUGAAUGACUGUUUCAUGAACCACUCACUUUUCCACAAGGCAUUAAAAGAGGCUUUUGAGGUAUUCUGCAAUAAGGGCGUUGCAGGCAGCUCCAGUGCAGAAUUGCUGGCUACUUUUUGUGAUAAUAUCCUGAAAAAGGGUGGGAGCGAGAAAUUAAGUGAUGAAGCCAUUGAGGAGACACUUGAAAAAGUAGUAAAACUGCUUGCAUAUAUUAGCGAUAAAGACCUUUUCGCGGAAUUCUAUAGGAAGAAGCUUGCACGCCGUCUCCUAUUUGACAAAAGUGCCAAUGAUGACCAUGAGAGGAGUAUUUUAACGAAGCUGAAGCAACAGUGUGGUGGGCAGUUCACCUCAAAGAUGGAGGGAAUGGUCACGGAUUUGACAUUAGCCAGGGAAAACCAAGCCAGUUUUGAGGAAUACCUUAACAGUAACCCGCAAGCAAAUCCCGGAAUCGACUUGACAGUCACUGUCCUAACUACUGGAUUCUGGCCAAGUUACAAAUCAUUUGAUCUCAAUCUCCCUGCAGAGAUGGUUAAAUGCGUAGAAGUUUUCAAGGAGUUUUAUCAAACCAAAACAAAACAUAGAAAACUUACGUGGAUAUACUCUUUGGGUACUUGUAACAUCAAUGGCAAGUUUGAACCCAAAACUAUGGAGUUGAUAGUGACAACUUAUCAGGCCUCUGCACUGCUACUGUUCAAUGCUUCAGAUAGAUUGAGUUAUUCAGAGAUCAUGACUCAGUUAAACUUGACAGAUGAUGACAUAGUUAGAUUGCUCCAUUCUUUGUCAUGCGCGAAAUACAAGAUUCUUACGAAGGAGCCAAAUACAAAAACAAUCUCUCCGACUGACUAUUUCGAGUUCAAUUCCAAGUUCACUGAUAAGAUGAGGAGGAUAAAGAUUCCUCUCCCGCCAGUGGAUGAGAAGAAAAAAGUUAUUGAAGAUGUUGAUAAGGACAGGCGAUAUGCCAUUGAUGCCUCAAUUGUGCGAAUCAUGAAGAGUCGGAAGGUUUUGGGUCAUCAGCAGUUGGUAAUGGAAUGUGUCGAGCAGCUUGGACGCAUGUUCAAGCCUGAUUUUAAAGCAAUCAAGAAGCGGAUAGAAGAUCUAAUCACUAGGGAUUAUCUGGAGAGGGAUAAGGAUAACCCGAACAUGUUCAGGUACUUGGCCUGAUUCAACCUAUUGAUGGUCAAUGAAAGAUAUGCUGUACAGAGCAUGCUAUGCUUAAAGGGGGAGAUGCUGGCAAUGUUUCAAAAGAAGUUUACAAGUCUAUUAAAGAAAUGCUCAAUGACCUGCCUCUAGUACUGUUGCUAUUACAGAGUUGAUAGUAUCACUUGGAACCUGGAAAAUUCUACCUUGUACAUUCAUCUGCAAGCUGGGUUCGAGUAACUACCCCCAUCACCCGUUUUCUCUGGAGAAUGAAACUUAGUAACAAUGUAACGUGUUGAAGUGCAGUUUCAUGUUUGCUGCCGCAUCUUGCUCUCAUGUUACUCCUGGACCAUGCUUCUCAUUCCCCUCUUUUCACUCCUCGUCCUAUUGUAAUCAAUUCAAAGCACCCUUAUUGUUUUCUAUUGUCGUUUUCAUAUUUGAGCAGCUAUAAACCUAAGUUUUCAUUCUCAAAUGAGAACUUCAAUGUUCUGGUCUU